AUGGACAGUAUCGUUGAUACCUUCCGCUUCCUCGAUCUUCCCAAAGACAUCCGGUUAUUAGUAUACGAUUACUUGCAGCCCGAGAGUCACUUGGUAUCGAUCUUUGGAAACCAUCGUUGCCUCUGGUAUACCAAAUUAAGGCCUUCCACAGCACUACUGUUAGUCAACCGCCUUCUAUGCGACGAGAUCAGAGCCUACUUCGGCAAAGGCUACCCUGGGCAACCUAUCACACUCGUUGCCCCGGAAGCCGCUCUCUCUUGGGGCCAUCGCUUGGGUAUGAUGUCCAAACAGAAACAUGGCGACGCCGGCAUGCCUAUCGAACUCUCCAAGUUUACGCAGAUGGUACCGACCCGUCAACUGAAGAUGAAGAUCCAGCAUAUCGAUCAAAUGCGUAGCGGAAGUUCGACGUCCCCACUUACUGAAUUCGACGACACAACGCUCCAGGAGGUCUAUCGUCUCUGUGUGCUCAGGAUGCGCAAAGAGACAUACUUCCAGUUAAGAGUUUUGUUCCGAAACGAGGAAGUAGAAGGCGACAGGGAUUUGCGCUAUAUACUUUUGCAUAGAGACAAUGUUCGCUCAGAAGGCAUUGGUCCGUGUGAUCUCAUUGUGUUCUUUACGACUACACCGCCACCCGAUGCUAUUCCGUCACCGGCUCAGAUAGGGAAAGGUUAUCAAGAGACUGCUAUUGAUGCGGAGGAUAUGAAGUUGCAAUGGGAGGCCAUGACAGAGCAGGAACUCAACGUUUGGCGAACCGGUCGUUUCUACAACUAUGAUGAGUACCACGACAACCACGUCUGCCACGACGACUGCCACAACCGCCACAACUACUACGACUACCACAAUUACUACUGA